AUGGGAGCCGGCGACGGCAGUUCGUUGAAGCAGUCGGGGAAGAGCGUGGUCGACAUCCUCAGGAAGCACUGGGCUCAGGUUGGAGCGGCCAGCACGGGCCAUGGUGGUGGGGGUCCCGCCGACGAGCAUGCCACUGAUGACGCACUGCCAAUGGCUCCGCCUUCGGUCGGCGUUAAGCCACCACGACAGGGUAGCGGUGUGAAAGGCCUGCGCGACAAGGAGAAGGCCGCCGCCAAAACGGCCCCAGGCGGGUCCGCGAAAGCUGGCCAGGGCCCGAAGACAGGGGUUGCGGAGGCGUCAGCGGUUCCUCACCAGUCUCCCGCGGGUGCACGCCAUCCGACCGGACCGUCUGCCGGGCGACCUACCGACGUCCCGCGCCAUGCCGACGUACCGUCUGCCGACAAGGUUGGCCGCGCGGGAAAAGGGGCGGCAGUUGCGGACGCGCUCAAGGAGCAGCUCAGGCUCCUAGCCGGCCACAGGGCUGUUCAACAGGCCCCCCCUGCUGUCGACGUCCCAUCGGCCAGUGGGCCACGUGUAGUGCCGGUCGUCGCCGCCCGUACUCCUGCAGACCCAAAGUCCGUGUUGUUGCGCGCCCAGCUGGGCGCACUAGCGUCGACUGAGAGGACUCAGCAGGCUUCUGGCUCUGGCUCUAAGCCGUCGUCGGCGAAUGUCGCACCACCCACCCAUGUGGCAGCUGAUGUGGAGAAGGCGGCGGAGAAGGGCGUUCGUGCCGCGCUUGCCACCGGCGGCGGCGCCGUUGAGGAGGUCCCCGCAGACGCUGAUAUCGCUGCCAUACAGGCCCAUCUGGAUGCAGCCAAUCCCCGAACCCUGGCCAUCUCCGACACGGAACAUGUGGAGCCUUCGGCGGGACUCGUCGGCAUCGCGGCAGAGCCUAGUGCGACCGGUGAUGCGGUCGGUGAGGGAAAGUCGAAACGGAAGGGGAAGGCGGGCUCACAGAGGAAGACGCGGGAGAAGUCGGAGGUGAAGGCGGCGGAUAAACAGAAGGGGAUGGCGGCGGAGACGGCGGCGGACAAAGAUCGAGGCGGCAUUGGGGAGGUUGAAGGGAAAGGGGAGAAUCAGAAGUCGCACGGCGAGGGUACGUCGACGGGGAGGAAGGGGAAGGACAAGUCGGUCGGAGAAGGUGCGUCGACCGGGAGAAAGGGGAAGGAGAAGGCGGUCGGCGAGGGUUCCUCGAAGGGGAGAAAGGGAAAGAGGAAGGCGGAGGAGGAGGAUGAGGAUGUCGAGGAGGUGGAGGAGGUCGAGCAGGAGGAAGAGGAGGAGGAGGAGGAGGAGGAGGAGGAGGAGGAGGAGGAGGGGAAGGGCAAGGAGAGGAGGGGUCAUGGCAUCCGACACGAUACCUCGGGCGACAAGCAAGGGUGGGUCGGCGAGAUUAAGGUGCACGGCAUCAAUCGAUACAUCGGCAAGUCGCGGGACAAGAUGGAGCUCGCGUACGUUCACUCCAUCGCGUACGUCGUCUACGACGGUUUCGUGAGCAAGGUGCUCAUGACCGAGCUCACCGGCUUGGACAGCGCCGAAUUGGAGAGGUGGAAGGAGGUGUGGGAGGAGGUCAGGAUCUUGCCGACAGGGAUGUGGACGGUGAUGUGGGCCCGGGGUACGCUCCUUCUAAAGACACGGCUGACGGAGAUCCUCGACGCGUAUCGCCAUUACAAGUCCACAGGCGAUUGUCUCCACGCCGCGCUCCUGCCAGCGAUAUGGUACCCAGUCGAUGCUAGCACCGAGGAAGGCCGGGAGAAGUCGGCGUCCAUGAUGUCGGCGAUGAUAGGCCGCGUGUCAAUGUGCGCUGCAUAUGGGAAGACCGCUGCGGCAGCGGCGAAGAAGGAGGGAGACAAGGAGGAGAAGACGGAUAUGGCAGCAUGGGCGUUAGCAGCAUCCGCAUGCGCUGUGUGGUGCUUCGUCGAGAACGGCGAUGCCCAGCUGGCGGAUGCUGUGGAAGAAGGGAAGUCGGCGGCGAUCAUCGGCGCAGCGAGCCAGGCGACCGCCGAUGUAUUCGGAAAAGUCAUGGAGGCGGUGCUGAAAGCCGAGAUGAACAGGGACCGCCCCUUGGGAGAGGUUGCCUACAACGUCGCGCCAGCACUCCAGAGGACCGCCCUUGAUACGGUAUAUCCGGGGGGGAAUGCUGGAGUAGAUGCCGACGUUAUCGCUAGAGCGACGGUUGAGACGAUGGCGUUUUGGGGAAUGUGCCCCGUCACCGGGCCGAAACUAAGAGCGAGGGACAUCGCGGUGCCGAUUGACGCGCAGAUGAAGGCCGAUCUUGACAACAGGGGGAGGAAGGGUCUGAGGGGCAAGAAGGGGACGAAGACCAAGGGCGGCACGGAGAAGGUUAAGAAGUCGAAGAAGGACAGCACGACGGCCUAG